AUGAACGGAAAUGAGAGUGAAGCCCAUCACAACAAAGCUACAAUUUCUAUGGUAGGAGAUGCUUCCCACAACAACGUUAGCCCGGCAGAACAAAAUCUAGGUAAAGAAAAUGAUGACCACGAUAAUCGUGACUAUGACUCUUUUGAUACAACUCACAGCAACCGCCCUGAUACCUUGCAAAGAAGCAGUGUCUCACCUCUACCAACAAAGGAACUGAAAAACGUUAAAGGUCUUGCCAACCAGAAUAUAAAGUUAGAAGAAUCCAGCAAUACGAGUUUAAUCUUGGAAGAGCCAUCUGAAUCCAAAGCAUCAAAAUUAGAAAAUGUGGAUCUUGCUGCCACAGUAGGUGGUUCUCAGACUAGGAGGUAUCUGAAUGCAAAAGUAACGCCGCAUCUUCUAGCGGGUAUGAGGCUCAUAGCGGUAGAACAACCAGAUGAUCCAUUACGUGUUUUAGGAGAGUAUUUAAUCGAGCAAAGCAAAAUACGGAAAAGUGGAGAAAGUGAGAGUAACGCUAGUGCAUGA